AUGCGUGAAGGAACAACCGCGGCUAUAAACGAAGGCAGUACUCUCUCAACCGGGGGGUCCAAUCCAGUAUCGCGAGGAGAUCGAAUAAAGCACCUUGUGGACUCGCUCAAGAAGUCAGCGUGGUCCACGCAGCAGCCUGUAAUGAAUCUUCUCAACGAGCAGGCCAAGACUACCGCAACGUCAUUAUCCGCGACAACAUUCUGGAUCUCAAACCAAAUCUACGUCGCAGAUGCAUCGAUGGAGUUACUACAGCGGUUGAGGAUGGAAUCGUCGAUCGCGGAAAUUCGCGAAGAGCAGAUCUUGACGAUGGGGGGCCACUUCAAGGCGGAACAUUCGGACGACGCUGAGCCGAGAACGAAGAUCCACGCGUGGGGUGUCGGGAAGAUUGGGGCAGAGGUCGUGUGGGCAAAGGGCAUCAUGGGAGCGAACGUCACGAUCGCGACGAUCGACACUGGUGUUCGUGCAUCGCACGAGGCGCUGCGAUCAAACUUUCAGGGCGAUUACGGGUGGUUUGAUCCGGAGACCAAAAGUGGGGCCCCAUUUGACUUAUCCGGCCAUGGAACUCACGUGAUAGGCUCAAUUGUUGGAGUGAAUGGCGUUGGUGUAGCUCCAAAAGCGAAUUGGAUGGCUUGUCGAGGUUGCAGAAGCACAACGUUGUGUCUUGAGUCAAGUCUCUUAGCCUGCGCACAAUUCGUACUCUGUCCUACGGAUCCAAAGGGCCAUAACCCAAAGUGUAGCAAAGCUCCCCGUGUCGUCAACAAUAGCUGGGGAGCCGUUCAGGGAGCUGCGAACUUCAGUGCGAUUAUUGCAGCAUGGCAAGCAGCUGAGAUUAUUCCGGUGUUCUCCAUUGGUAAUUCAGGCUCUUUCAAUAGUUGCGGGGUGGUGGCCUCACCCGGAGACAGUAGCAUGGUCAUUGGAGUCGGUGCAACGCGUUCUAACGAAUUUCUACUUCCUCAAAGCUCGACAGGACCCUCAGCCGAUGGACGCAUUAAACCCGAUAUCGUAGCACCAGGAGAUAGAAUUUAUUCCGCUUGGUGGACAAGAGACAACGUCUACGUUAUCGCAUCAGGAACGAGUAUGGCAUCACCGCACGUUGCUGGAGCAGUUGCGCUGCUACUCAGUGCACAACCCGAUUUAACAUAUGACCAGAUUUGGGGAGCUUUGGCAAUCUCAGCUGCGAAGGACAGAAGUGUCGUGGACAACGCCGCUUUCCACUCGUCCUGUGGGAACAUUUCGGCGCUCAUGUUCCCCAACAACAUUUUUGGCUACGGACGGCUAGACGUCGAUCGUGCUGUACAACUGCUAGAUGCAAAGGCCUAA